AUAGUUCUGUGUGGUUAACAAGGGAACAGGAAGCAUGUACUUCAAACUCCUUCAAGUGUGUGCCCAUUUCUUCUUUUCCCUCUCUCUUGUUUUCUAGAGGCAGAAUCCUUUCAUCUUAAAGCGGACUUACGGGUGAAAAGGAACUCAGUUAACCCCCUACUUGUGCAUACGAUUUACAUAAGUAUCGUCCGCCAGAGCCCCCUUCGCUGCAUGUGUCCUUACCCAUCACGGACCCACGAACAAUAGAUGCCCGGAUGAUUGACACCGGGCUAUUGUCCGUGGAACAAUACCAGCGAUUCACCCCCAUUCACAAGUGUCUGCUUCGCCGUGUGUACGGGGGCUCAUUAGUGCGACUCAAGUAUAUUCGUCAAGAAAACAAGCGAAUCUCAUCAGCUGGGUUCCCUUUUAUAAUGACCAUUCUUUCUCUCUCUCCCUCUCUGCCCACACUUCCCCUGUCUCUUGACCAUUCAAAGACGAGAAGAAUAGGCCAGCAGGACACUUCAGAAGAAGAUAACCAUUCAUAGUAUCACACAUAUAAAAACCAAUUCUACGCACCAGCUUCGCUCUCAGUACAUCUUGUGGCGCCUGCAAUGUCAGCUUGGAAUUUCAGAUAGCUUCGUUUCAUAAAUCGCAUUUCAUUUUUUUUUCGCUCCGAGUAUAUAUGCAGAGUCAGUUAUGUUAGCAUAAAUUCGCCAGUAAACAUACAUCCCUCAGUUUGAACCAUUCUCUUCGUGGAUAUAUCAUCAUUCUUUAGAAAUGUUUGGAUUAGUCGAUCGCUCCGCAUACCUCUUCAUGCUCUCAUCACUUCUGGCAAUAUCAUCGGUUUUAGGAUAUAAUGCAACAUUUCUUCAGCGAGAGGUCAACGGCAAAUGCAACCAUCUCGUCCAUCAUAGCAACGGCCGCAUAAUUUCGCACCUGGGUACAGCCCACUAUGCUGACAACAAGGACUGCCGGGUGACGAUAAGCGUCGCACCGGGUAAACGACUCUUCCUCAGAUUCGACCGAUUUGACAUCACCGACUCGGUGAAUUGCUUUCAGGACGAAGUCUUGAUCUACGAUGGAACGAGCAUAUCCAGUCCUAUGUUGACAGGUCGUCUCUAUGGCCUGUGUGGAUCUCUGCCCCGUCAAUACAGGACCAUGCACUCAAGCGGCAACGAGGUCACAGUCAGGUUCAUUACUGAUGACGUCACAUCGGACAAUCAGGGCUUCGCCAUCUCUUACGUCAGCUACGUACCCACAAGCGCUGCUGAUGCAAGUGAUUCGAGCAACUGCUUCCCUUGCCGAGAAAGUUCAAUGUGCAUUGAUCGUCAUUUGAUGUGUGACAACCUAUGGCACUGUCCUGAAGGCAGCGACGAGUCAUUCCAGCUGUGUUAUGAAUCACCAGAAAAUGAGGAGGAGGGGUCGGAUGGUAAGGGCUGGUUAUCAUGGACAGGGACCCACAUCGCCAUGGCAUUCGCCGUCGCCGCGGUUCUCUUCAUCAUAUCGUCGCUAAUCUUUUGCUGCUGUUGCCAUCAGCCAUCAUCAGGCUCCCUCGACGACCCAUCCCCGCACGUGAUCACCGACGCGAACAUGUACUACAUCCAACAAGCCAAGCCCGACGUCGUCACCAGCGCUCCGCAAUUAAACCACGGAAAAGGUGCGUCGCGGAGCCGCAGCACGAGCAACCACACCGAGCACCGCUACGACGUCGUCAACGCCGAUGCAUUGGACCCUAUGAUUGGCUACCAAUCUGUGAGCGAGUCAAGUGCGCCCAGCAAGGCGAACUCUGAUUGGUGGGAAGUUAGACGCAGCUGCGGUGACGGCUGCCAAUCAACAGUGCCGAUGAACUAUGAGGUUUACGAGCAUCACCAUCAUUUGUAUCCAAACGGUGUCGAAUACGAGUCAGAGACGACGUCACCGCUCACGCAAGAUUAUUACGUCACUAAUAUGUCAUUCAUUGAGCAACAAGAAUCAAGAUGGCAAUAUCUGACGGGUCAACACCACACUCAUGUUUCUUUGCCACCACAAUGAGGACAGUGAGCUGUCUCAAUGUGACUUUAUCAUUAUUUUAUGAAUAUUAUAUUGGUAUUAGCACAACGUUUAAAAAUUAUGAAUUUACCGGCAACAGGGUAACAAAUAAUGACAACACAUGGUAACUUUCCAUCUGCAAAAAGUUCUUGUCUUGCAAAAUGUUAAUCACUAACUUCACCGCUAUAUGCCAUACUUUGGUCAGUAAUGUUAGUGCAAAGAUUGGAUAUAUUCAUUGUAUCAUUGAUGUUAGACACUCGCACCAAUUAUAUGAGAUAUGUAUAAAGCAAAUCAUACAGACAAACACUAAUGAAAUGAAACGCCAUCUUUAUCAACCAAUCUGGUUAAAGAUUGUUUUCUGUCAAGCUACUUGCCUUCCGCUUACCAAGUUGUAAAUCAAAGUAAGUUUAAUUGCAUCAAAUAGGUCCCAAAUUGAAAUUUAUUUAGCUCCAUUAUGGAAAGCCAUUCACUACACAUUUCGUCAUCUCACAGUAACCAACAUAUUGUCGAAUUUACUAUUCAUCAUACAAUACAAUGAAUUUAAGUUGUCAAAUUUAUAUUAUAUUUAAGCUAAAUGGUUCUAAUCAUGCUAAUGGAAUAGUACAAUUUAAAGCAUCAUGCAAAAUGACAAAUGUUUUCACCUGAAUGUUGGUAAUUUUGAAAUACACUGUAAAUUCAAAAUCAUAAUGUGUUAUUUUGAACAAAGAGUAUAUAUUGUUAUAUGUGAAAUAAAUAUAUUUAAAUGCCAGUGA